AUGUGUUGCUGUCAUUACUAGUAAACUUUUCUGCAAGAAGAUUGAGAGACUGUUUGAUCCAGAGUACCUAAAUCCAGAUUCUCGAGGAAAUGCAGCAACAUUAUACAGGUGCUGUUUAUGUAAAAAGCUGCUAACUAAAGAAACUGAAAGAAGAAUUCCUUGCGUACCAGGAAAAAUCAACAUAGAUCAACAUGGAAAUAUUGUCUAUGUUCAUAUAAGAGACAAAACCUGGGAAGUUCACGAGUAUUUAAUUGGCCUUCAUGAGGAACUGAAAUCUUGGCGGGAUGUUUAUUGGCGUCUCUGGGGGACUGUCAAUUGGUUGACCUGCUCAAGAUGUAAUCAAUCUUUCCUGUGUACUGAAUUCUCCCAUUGCCAGUACCAUUCGCAGCCAGUUCUUUAUCCAGGUGUAGCAAGUGCUCUGGGCUCACCUGGGACAGGAGUAUAUCCAUGCUGUAACCAAAAAGUACUUCGAUUUGAUCCUACGACCCUCCCAAAGGGCUGCAAAGUGAGGGAUCACAUGGUUGAUUUACCUUCAGGAAAAGAAGAUGGGGAUUCCUUGCCAUCUCAGACUACUAAAAUAUUGAAUGAUCUGCUUUAUCAUAGAGAUGUUAUUGUUGUUCCUUUCACUAAGGAUGAGAAUAGUGAUUCUGGUAUUGGGCUGUGUGAUGAAAAAGGCAUUGAAUGUGAUGCGCUUGUAGAACCAAAUACGCCAUGGGGUCCCAAAACUGGAGAAAUCAAUGCUUUUCUUUCUUUGAAGAACUGGACUUUACAGCUGAAACAGCAGUCAUUGUUAUCUGAAGAGGAGGAGUAUACCACUGGCUCAGAGGUCACUGAGGAUGAAGUGGGGGAUGAAGAAGAAAUAUGCAGGAAACCAGGGAGAAAGGAGAAAUCAAAGAAAUCCUACAAGCACCCAAAGAAAGUGAUGUCUUCACCUAGUAUUCAGAAAAAGGAGAAGCCAGCUGAAAAGUCAAGUUCCCGAGAUGCAUCUCCAUUCGUUGUGAGUAUGCAGCAGAAUAAGUGGGAUGCCUCCAGGUCACUAAGAUUCAACCAAGAUGCUCAAAGAGAAGAUGAUCAGAGAAGAAUGUCUGAGAUUACAGGGCACUUAAUAAAAAUGAGACUAGGAGACCUUGAUCGAGUCAAGUCAAAGGACAGCAAAGAAUAUGCAGGAGGCAUUUAUUCUAGACUUGAAGCUCAGAUAAAGGCUUCAGCGCAGAUCAGUGCACGACAAAACAACGCUGAGAAGAAUGUCAGGUCAAAAUCCCGUUUUGGUCAAGGCCGUCCAACAUAG